AUGGUUUUGAAUAUCGACCUAAGACGAGUACUUAUUGUGAUCAAAGAUUUUAUGGGAAUGACUUCGUUACAUGGCUAUAAAUUUGUAUUUGAACGGCGAAGUUUAUGUCAAAUGAUGUUAUGGCUUACAAUAUGUUCAUCUGGCUUAACGUUUUCAUGUUAUUUAGUUACUAUGCAAUAUAUGCGAUUUCUAUCCAGCCCAACGACGAUGGGUAUUGAAACGUUAUCGUAUUCCAUUGCAACUAUUCCAUUUCCGGCGAUGACUCUUUGUACAAAUUCAAUUCAUGACGAGAAUGCCGUCAUUUUAAAAAGUCAAUUGGAAGAAAAAGGAUAUGAUUCAACAACAGUUGAUAAUUUUUUUCGGUCUUUAUCAAGUUUAGUAACCCAUGCAAGUAGUGAUGAAAAUAUGAAUCCAGAUUAUUUAAGAAUUAUGCAAACCUUAAAUCGUGAUUUUCAAUUUACUCUUGAAACUUUAAUGAAACAUAAAACGGAAAAACAUGAUGUAACGGAUGUUACAAAUUUGGUUAAGUAUGUAAAUGGUGCUGGUGAAUACAUCUCAUUAAAAUUAACAUUAAAUUUAUCAAAAUCAGUUUAUACACCGCAAGCACGAAGUGUCAAGGCAUUGAUUCACGAAUGGUAUACAUUUCCAAGUCAAACGUAUGAAGAAGCAACAUUAUUACCUGGACAACAUGUAACAUUUCAAGUUAUACCAGAAAUUGUUGAAAGCUCACCAGAUGUAAAAUCGUUUAGUAAAUCACAACGAAUGUGCGUUUUUAAUAGUGAGGUAGAAUUAAACAUAUCCUAUGAAUAUAGUUAUAAAUCAUGUUUAACUGAAUGCCGCAUACGAGAAAUCAAUCGAUUAUGCCAAUGUAAUCCAUAUUAUUAUCCAAAAUUAUAUUCAAUUCGAACGUGUAAUUGGUUCGAUCUAGAAUGCUUAAAUGCAAAUAAACAAAUAUAUUACAGUUUACAAGCAACAAGUGGUUUUACCCAAAGGCAAAGAGAAGAAUUAAAGGGAUUGAACUGUGAGUGUCUGGCAAGAUGUAACAAAUUUUGGUAUACUGUACGAUGUACUAUUUCAGAUAAAAUUGAUUAUAUAAACUUCACUCCCAAACCACAUAAUAUAACAGCAAAUAUUAGUACAAUCGAAAUGUACUUUAAGGAUUUCACGUGCACUAAAUAUCUACGAAAUGUUUUCAUGACAUGGGAUGGACUUUUAGCUCAAUUUGGAGAAAAAUCAGUGUCAUCGAAAGUACGUGUUAUAACCGUAUCAGAAAAUAUUGUUAAACCAGGAGAAUUAACAUUUAGACGUAUUUCAGAUAAUAUUUUAGUUACACUUGAUUUAAUUCGAAAGCGUUCGGAACAUAACGAGGGUGAAAUUGGAACUCUCGAAGAAAUAACUUUACAUCAAGAUGAUAUUGAAAAAAUUGAGCAUUUAGGCCAAUGGUGUAGGCAUUUGAAAAUACUAUUAUUGCAAGGGAAUUUAAUUUCAAAAAUUGAAAAUUUGAAUAAAUUAAAAGAAUUAGAAUAUUUAAACUUGGCGAUUAAUUGUAUUGAACGAGUGGAGAAUUUAGAGGGAUGUGAAUCGUUAACAAAAUUGGAUUUAAGUGUUAAUUUUAUCAUUGAAUUAACAAGUAUCAAAAGUUUACAAAAUAAUAUACACCUUAAAGAACUCUUUUUGACAGGUAAUCCAUGUCAUUCGUAUGAAGGCUACCGUCAAUAUGUUGUGGCUACUUUACCACAAUUAGAAUGUUUAGAUACCAAAGAUAUAACUAGAUCUGAACGGAUUGUGGCAUUACAAGAAUAUAAGGAAAUUUGCAAAAAAAUUGAACAUCAACAGAAAGUUCAUUUUAAGGAAAGAGAAGAGCAAAAGCAACGACUUGUACCUUGGGUGAAGGAAAAUGAGCAUUUAGAUCAAGACGACAAUGAUGCUGUACAAAGAUUUUGGAAUUCCAAAUCUGAAUACGCACCAGAAACACGUUAUGUUACAGCUAAACAUAAACCUAAGAGUCAAAAGGUAUUUGGUGGAAUGGAUCCACCAAAAGAACCAAAAAAACCAAUUGUGUUUUUUGCACCUGAUGGACGACCUUAUAAUAUAAAUCAAGGCCAUUUAGAUUUUCAUUUUGAUUUCGAUCAUCCUGAGAAAUAUACGUUGGAAUUGUCAGUAUAUAAAUAUUUAGAUAGUGAUUUAAUAUCGGUUGAUAUUGAAACGAACUAUGUCCGAGUUAAAAUCAAAGAAAAGUAUUUUCAAUUGGGAUUGCCUCAAGAGAUUCAAAUAGAUAAAAGUACGGUAGUACGUUCCAAAUCAAAUGGUCAUUUAGUUAUUACAAUGCCGCUUUUGAAUCCUGAUGUAAAGGAGUUGGAAAGAAUUCGAGAAAGACAAAUUAAAGAGUCUUUGCAAAAUAAUGAAAAUGAAGAGGCAGACUUAAACUUAAAAAAAUUCAAUCGUAAAGUAACAAAGCGUGAAUAUUUAGAAAUUGGUUGCGUAGAUAAUUCCAUGGAUUUUAGUCAAAUAAGUAAAUUACAUAAGAAGCCAACAUUUGUAGAUAAUCCUGAAGUACCACCUUUAGAAUAA